AUGACUGGGGGAGGAAAUAUUACAAAUAUCACAGACUUUAUCCUUUUGGGAUUCUCAGAUUUUCCCCAAAUCGUAGCAGGGCUCUUUGUGGUGUUCCUGCUGAUAUAUAUUUUGACUCUGACUUGGAAUCUGUGUCUCAUUGUCCUGAUAAGGAUGGAUUCCCAUCUCCACAUGCCCAUGUACUUCUUCCUCAGUAAUCUGUCCUUUAUAGACAUCUGCUAUGUGAGCUCUACAGCCCCCAAGAUGCUCUAUGACUUCUUCCAGGCAAAGCCAACUAUCACCAUUGUGGGUUGUGCCAUUCAAUACUUUGUGUUUUCAACCAUGGGAAUGAGUGAGUCUUAUCUCAUGACAGUCAUGGCUUAUGACCGCUAUGCUGCCAUUUGUAACCCUCUCCUCUACUCAUCAGUCAUGACACCCUCUCUCUGCGGUUGGAUGAUGCUGGGGUCCUAUAUGGCUGGACUCUCUGCUUCUCUGUCCCAAGUGUGUGCCAUGCUUCAGCUCCACUUCUGUGGGCCUAAUGUCAUCCACCACUUCUUCUGUGACCUGCCGCAGCUGUUAGUGCUUUCCUGCUCUGACACAUUCUUUGUACAACUCUUGACUGCUAUAUUAACAGUGAUCUUUGGGAUAAUAAAUGCCCUGGUGAUCAUGAUGUCCUAUGUCUACAUUGUCAUCUCCAUCAUGAAGAUCACUUCCGCUAAAGGCCGGUCCAAGGCUUUCAACACCUGUGCUUCUCACUUGACAGCAGUUACCCUCUUCUACACCUCAGGUAUGUUUGUCUAUUUGAGUUCCAGCUCUGGCGGUUCCUCCAGCUUUGACAGAUUUGCCUCCGUCUUCUACACUGUGGUGAUUCCCAUGCUGAACCCUUUGAUAUACAGUCUGAGGAACAAAGACAUCAAAGAUGCCUUGAAGAGGUUGCAGAGGAAGAGAGGAUAUUAUGACCCCAACGAUGACAGACAUCCUAGGAUUGUAGCAAACUUGUCUCCCAAAUACUCUGAUGCAGCCUCACCUAGACAUGAUUGUGACCAGUGUUCGUUCUGUGUUUCUGACCAGAAUGAGGGUGAACACAGAGAGGGAGUAUGCCAUUGGACAGGAACAAGACAUACAGUUGGCCUGACUGUGCCUCCCAUGGAGAUUAGUCUGAGGUAG